ACAGCAGCUCGCUGUCAAGUCAUUCUGAUAGUUCUGAUACCAUUUUUAUAUUGCAUUGGACGAAAUAUUUCUGCAAAUAUUUCAAUGCGUUGAAAAUAAAUGGAAGAUUAGUUCAAUUUCCUUCCAAGUGGAUUAAGUGUUGUUUGCGUAACGUUUGAUACGUAAAAAUAUCAAGAUGGAUGACAAUAAGCACAGGAUUCAAUGCCAAAAUAAGAAACUUUCGAUCCCGCUGAGGCUGAGCAAUUUAAAUGUAAAUUGCUUAAACGAGUUGUUUCAGUACUUAAACAUCAGUGACUUAAUCCUUUUGUCGAUGGCCAAUCUCACUAAUCACAAGAAUCUAGACCGGGCAUUCACAGCUGAAACUAAGGUCACAACGCAUCCAUAUGAAGCAUGUAUACGAGAUCGUUUCCUGCAACUUGACUACUCCAAUAAUAACGUUACGAACAAUCCGGAUUGCAUUUUGUUCGAAAAGAUCGUUUUCCAUUAUUUUGGUACACUAAUAUCGAAGGUGCGGCUAUAUUACGAUAUCAAUUACCAACGCUGCAACGCUAAUAUUGAGCAAGUCGUCAUGGAAUAUGGAUCGGCGUUAUCUGAAAUUGGAUUGAUCAAUGCGGAUAUUAGUGCUUUCGAGAACAUUAGUGAACCCUUUCAGAAUGUGACGAAAUUGAAAUUUGAUAAUGGUUGGCUGGGUCCAACGUUUAUUGAACUUUCCAAAUGGUUUCCUAAUUUGAAAUGUUUAUCGCUGAAUGAAACUCAGCUGUCCGAUGUUAGAUUCAUCCGACAAGAAAAUCCGAAUUUGAUAGAGCUUUCGUUGAAAAACAAGUGUUUGUGUGAAUGCUCUCGCAUGAACCCUAACGUUUUAGCUGACAAUGUUCUUCACUAUACAAUAGGUAAUUUAAAUUUGAAACAAAUACUGGCUUUGGUGCCGAACUUGAAGCGCCUGUCUCUUUGUCAUGACAAAGAGAAUACAAUUUUUGAACAGGACAGGAAGCCUUAUCACUUUUUGAUUCAAAUAGAUUUCGAUUUAUUGCUUUUCAUUACUAAUUCGUUGAUGCAAUUAUGCUACCUUAAGUUGAACAUAAUAGAACUGUCUUUGUUCCGUAUACCAACAUGUCAAGUAGCAUUCAAUGAAUUGAAAACGCUGGUAAUUGAAACAUCCAACACGAAUCAGUUGACACAAUUGAAUAUUACGGCUGAUGAACUAAAUCAUCUCGAAAUAAUUGUCCACUCGUUCAUUCAAGACGUGAAACUACUGGCUAAUUUCGUUGUCCGUUUUGAACGUAUCGAAUAUUUAUCGAUAGGACACCACCCAGUCGAUCUAAAAGACGAUGACUUUAUUCAUAUGAUUAACAGUUUGAUGAAACUGAAAGCCCUUCAAAUUGCUUUAUAUAAAAAUAAGUUCACAGAUGAUUUGGUCUACAUUAUCGAGAAAUUCAAUCGUUUGCAUACUGUCCUGGUCAGUUGUAUCGAAGUAGCACCGACGGAUCGGGAAUUAUUUCUAGAAUUUGUCAACGAAAACAACAUGUUGAAACGAAAAAAUUGGAGCGGAUCCUGUAUUUUCGGUGGUUUUGAAUUCAAAAAAAAUGCCUAAAUUAAAGUAGAAAGCUGAAUGUUUUGCUAGUUCAAUCACUAGAACAAUCCAUACCUCAUUUUAUGUUGCUAUUUUUCAUGGAAAUUAAUGUCGAAAGUCAAUUAAUGUUAUUAAUGAAUUUGUUUGUUUGAAAUUUCUGUUUCAGUUGAUGACUUACGUUGUAUUUAAAUGUUUGAAAUACGAAUGAAGAAAUAUGACCCUUUAUUGCCAUAAAAUAAAGCUGUUGAAGAGCAACUCUUUCCGCGUCGUAUCAUUUUCUAUAAAUCUGAAACUGAAUUAUGAAAAAAACCACAAAUUUAUUGUUGUAACAAAACGGAUGGCUUGCAGUCACAACUUCCACGACAAAAUUAACAAUUAUUCUCCGUUUUCAAAACAUCCAUUCAAAUAAUAAUAUUCUUUGUAAUGUCAGUACAAAAUAGCAAAAUGUGGAGAGGAGAAAAAAAAACUUAGAAAUUUAUACGAAUGAAAAUCGCGUGGCAGCACAUUCAUAAAAGAAACAAAUAUGCACGUUGAUUCUUCUUCUUCUCUCUUCCAUAUGAAAUAAAAAUUGAAAUCUAAAUACAAA